UGAGCACUCAUAAGAUGCGCCAUUUUAUUUAUCAAAACUAAAAGAAAACGGUGGAGGUUGUUGGUUGUUUCUAGGAACUUAGAAUUAGAUGUCAAUGAAAUUUUUGAUGUCAAAUUAGUCCCAUCUCUUCUGUCACCAGAUAUUUCCUUAAUUGUGUAUUAGUAUCCUAAUAAUUUAGAAAUAUUUGAUAUUAAACAACUAGUUAAGAUACUGCUUGAACAAUGAAUAUUGGAAUUAAUGGAAAUAGAACAAUAUGUAAAUUUAACCUCAAAGGAAUGUGCAGGUUUGGUACAAGAUGUUGGAACUUACAUGAGAUUCCCGAAAAAAGCCCUCACAAGAUUAUAGAAAAAUAUGAGCCAAAUGAAGAAGAUGGAGCUUGUGCUCUUCCUCUUAUUAAACAAACAGAACUCUCACCUAAGAAUUACGGACCUGGUACAUCUACAACAGAAACUGCUAUAAGUCUGGUUAAGAAGGUAUCAGAAUCUGAAGAAAAAAUCUGUGGUAUUUGUUUUGAUAUAGUUUUAAAAAAAUCAAGGUCUCAGCAGACAUUUGGUAUACUUCCUAAUUGUAAUCACUGCUUCUGUUUUACAUGUAUAAGAAAGUGGAGGCAAAGUAAAGAAUUUGAAUUUGAAGUGUCAAAAGCUUGUCCAGAAUGUAGAAUUACAUCAGAUUUUGUCUAUCCCUCAAGAAUAUGGAUUGAAACAAAAGAAGAAAAAUUGAACUUUAUAGAUGGCCAAAGACAUAAAAUGAAAAAACAAGACUGUAAAUAUUUCCGCCAAGGUUCAGGAAAGUGUCCGUUUGGAAAUACAUGCUUAUAUUUACAUGCCUUAUCUAAUGGAACAGUUGUAGAUGUAGGGCCACCCAAAGCUAGAAGACGAAGAGGUAUGGGGUCUGGUGAAAGGGAAGAUAUAGACCAGAGAGAAGUAUUAGAACAAAUAUUGUUAUGGAUGAACGAUGAUGAUGAUGAACUUACCAAUGGGCUGUUUGAUUUAGAUUUGAAUGAUCCGUAUAUAGCCAUCCAAUAUUAUGAUAAGGGCGAUUUUGAAUACUACCUUGCCAUGGACCAACUGAUGAAUGAUUACGGAACGGAUGAUGAUGGCGAUGAUGACGAUGAUGAUAUCUCUUUCGAUUACUGAUCUUUCAUUUGUUAAUAUUUUUCUAUUGUCGUUUAAUUACUAAUUAAUUUGGGAAUAUUGUCUGUAUUUUAAAGAAUAAAGAAAUAAAUUUAGUUAGAA